CCGUUCCUCCUCCUCUCUCCCUCUCUCUCACACACAGAAAGAAAAUAUAUACAUACACUGAUUUACAUACAUCCAAGAACACUCUCUCUCACUCACUCUCCACUCUCUCUCUCUCUCUUAUCUCCUGCACGUUCCACUGUCUCCCUCUGCCAUCGUUAUAACCUCUGACCUCCCCGUCCCUUCCCUCCUCUCUCUCUCUGAAGCUUUUUGGAGAAACACACAAUCGAUUCUCUCUCUGUAUAUAUACAAAUAACGUAAACUACAACAAUGGACAUGUACGGACUGACAGCACCAGAUCACUUCCGCAUUGACGACCUUCUCGACUUCUCCAAUGACGACCUCUUCAUCUCCUCCGCAUCCACCACAACCAACGUCUCCGCCGAAACAUCCGACGAUAUUCACCAUCACUAUCUCAACCAUGAAAACUCCUCCCUCUCUUUCUACCCUUCCAUUUCCACCGACUUCACGACCGAUGACCUAUGUGUUCCCACUGGUGACGCGGCGGAGCUCGAAUGGCUAUCGCAAUUUGUUGACGACUCAUUCUCUCAUUUUCCGCUUACCGGAACCUUACCGGUACGGUCCGACACGGCAUUUUCUGGAAGAGUUCGAAGCAAUUCUACCUAUUCUCCAGCUGCCGGGAAAUCAAGACAGAAAAAUGAGGCGGCGACAGAGGAAGUCGUUCGGAGGUGCACGCACUGCGCCUCAGAGAAGACGCCGCAGUGGCGGACGGGACCUCUGGGUCCCAAGACGCUGUGCAACGCUUGCGGUGUGAGGUACAAGUCGGGCAGGCUCGUCCCCGAGUACCGUCCGGCUGCGAGCCCGACGUUCGAACUAACUCAGCACUCGAACUCACAUCGGAAGGUAAUGGAGCUCCGGCGGCAGAAGGAGAAGACGAGGGAGCAGGAGUAGACUAUAGAGUUACAGCAGGAGGAACA